UGCAUUCUGUGAGAGAGGAUCACUUCAUCCAGUUUAUCCAGCAAGGUGGGUGUGACGCACGUCUUUGCAACAGAACCACUGCUCGAGCGAUUUUUUUUUUCAUUUCUGUGAAAUUGUGCACUCAAAAUGGCAACCUCAGAGGAAAUCCUAGUCAAGGAGCUCGACAAGAGGGCCUCAGGCCAAGCCUUUGAGGUCAUCCUGGCUGCUCCUGCCCCGGAUGCAAAGCCCGAAUUCCCCCUGACCCCUCCCAAGAAGAAGGAUGUGUCGCUCGAGGAAAUUCAGAGGAAACUGGACGCUGCAGAGGAGAGACGCAAGAACCAUGAAGCCGAGGUUCUGAGGCACUUAGCUGAGAAGCGCGAGCAUGAAAAGGAAGUGCUACAGAAAGCUAUGGAGGAAAACAACAACUUCAGCAAGAUGGCAGAGGAGAAGCUCAAUCAGAAGAUGGAGGCCAACAAAGAGAACCGCACAGCACUAAUGGCAGCAAUGAAUGAGAAAUUCAAGGAGAAGGACAAGAAGUUGGAAGAGGUGCGAAAGAACAAGGAAACCAAAGAGGGAUCUGAGGACUGAAAGCUGAGAAAUGGGGCAUUGUACAGGGUUUUUUACGUAUCCAAAGAUUGAUUUAUUUUUUGUUUGGCCAGUAUUUUUGUUGUGUUCACUACCCACCUUUUUGAAAUAAAUCCAAGCUCUACUCUGUGAAUUUUUUCAAUUAUCCUGCUAUAAGUGUACUUGCGCUGGUUUUACAUGUGGAUCAUUUCCCCCACUCGUUGAGUCUGUUAAAUUUGAUAUUAGCUUGUCAGUGCAGCUUCUGCCAUUUUGGAAAAUUAGCAUUGUGUACUUUUUUUUUUCUUUUUGAAGCAUGUUUCUAUGCAUAGUCUUUAACCCCUGCAUACGUAGUGCGUUUUGGAAAAAAAAAUGUUCCCGUGAACCACACCUGUUCUCGGCACUUACUGUAUAUUAAAAUAAAAGUAGCACAAGUUUUGACCAAGGCGUCGGCUGUUACAAAUGCAGGUGUUUUGUGCCGCUUUGCUACCCCAGAUUCUGCUAGUUGGCUCCUGCAGACGAGUUAUUUUGCCACUGAUUCUUUGCUUUUGUAAAACCAUGGCGGUAGUCUUCAACACGCAUAGCUUCUUGCUGUAUAGGUGUGGCUCGACGUGCCAGAAACGGAUGCCACCGCGAACGUCUGAACAACGGUCUACACGCGGAACGCAAACGAGCAAUACACUUUGGCAUCGCCUCCGACACAGUGGCUAGUUGACCUGAACUGUUGUACUAAAACCAAUAAAAACGUGAACGCAC